AUGGGGGUUUUCUGCCAUUAUAUCAACAAGGAAUAUAUUUUUUCAGCCAGGGAGGUGGUCAAGGAUAUCAAAGGCGCCUUCAGGAGCAUGCUGACGACGGCGACGUGGAUGGGGUCAGCACGCGAGGAAGCCCUAAGGAAAGUGGAUAAUAUGCUGAUGCUCGUGGGUUACCCGGACCUGCUGAAGAAUGAGACCAGCUUGGAGGAAUACCACAGCAGUCUUCCGAAGAUGAACGAGCAGACGCAUUUCGAAAACAUGAUGGCACUCUCCCGCUGGCACAGUCUACGCUCCCUGGCACGGCUGAGGAAACCUGUUGUUAGGGACGGGUGGGCUCGCGGACCCGUCGAGACGAACGCGUUUUACAGUACUCUCCAAAACAGUAUAAUCAUUCCCGUAGCGGUACUGCAACCGCCCAUUUUCCGGAGGGAGCCUCUUACGGCGCUUAACUACGGGGCUCUGGGAGUGGUGAUUGGCCACGAAAUCACGCACGGAUUUGAUAAUUCGGGCCGCGAGCGCGACCACGAGGGCAACCUGCACGAGUGGUGGACGGCCGAGACGGACGCCGAGUACGCGUCGAGGUCCAGGUGCUUCGCCGACCAGUACGAGGCCUUCGACGUGAGCCAGAUUCUGUCGCCGUACGAGAGGGACGGCGCUGAGGUGAAGAGUCCAGGGCUGCUGCGUGGCGAUGCAUUGGUAAGUGUGCGGCUUGGGGAGUGCGCGGCGGAGUCCAGUGGGCGUGGGUGGAAGUUCUUGGGUGUGUGUGUGAGUCCAGUGGGCGUGGGUGGAAGUUCUUGGGUGUGUGAGAGUCCAGUGGGCGUGGCUUGGAAGUUCGUAGAUGUGUAG